UCUCUUCUUAUAUUAAUUUUUAUAAUUCUUUGAAGGUCAAAGAAAAUCCUGAUGUGAAACAGGUCUGAUUGUUUUUUAUAGUCUGGGAGACAGUGACAGUAGAGUGAGCUCUCCAUGAGUGUGAUAGACUCCGCUCCCGGCUGGGCUGGUGCUUCGCGCUGUUUAUAGUAUACUCUGGUUUCUCUUCAGAUCGAAUAAAUCUUUCGCCUUUUACUAAAGAUUUCCGUGGAGAGGAACAACCAUGAGUUUAAUAUAAUUUUUUGAUGCCCGGCUGCUGCUGGGCUUGUUCUCUGGUGAAAAAUAGAAUUAUCAUAGAAGAAAUGAGCGCAGUAGCUCUGCAGCUGAUAAAAGAGUUGAUGAGCACGGAGGUGCGUCCGGCCUUGUUACAGGGACUCGUAGCUCUGCUGAGGCCGUCGCGCAAAGAACAUUUUAAGACAAAACCUCAGAUCCUAGAUGAUCCUGAUGUGCCUCAGAUGACGGGCUCACUGCCGGCUUUUAUUCAACAAGCGGCCUGUGCUAAAGCCAUAGGGACGCUGGCUCGUGAAUCCACAGAGUUGUGUGAGGAGCUGAUACAGCUGAGAGUGAUACAUCAUCUGCUCUUUGUCAUGGGGAAUAAGGAACACACAGAGAGCCAAAGGCAGGCCAGCCUUGCCGUGGAGUAUUUUGUGUCCUUGUUCCCUGUGGUUGAGGAACAAGUGAGGACGACCAUUGGGGACAAACUCUUCCAGAUGCUGAUGGAGAAUGCAGAAAUACUGUAUAUGAAGUUGGACAGUGUACAAGUUGAAAUUCUAAUCUCCAACCAAGUGAACAUCCCUGGCAUAACAGAGGUGACAGAGUGAUCUCAGGAUGGACCGCACUCAUACGGAGGAGGGAGCGAGAGAAGAAUCCACCAAUCACCCAGUGCAGACCCCAGCUCGCCCCAGGAGUAUAUUAUAUAUUGAAUAUGGAAAUAGAAUGUUUUUGUUUAAUAAUGACAUGUAAUGUAAUAUCAUGCAGUAAAUAAUAUAUUUAUCCCAUUA